AUUAAUUUAUAUACAAAACAAAAUACUUUAACUAAUUACACUAAAUUUAAAAUUAAAUAUAAAUGUUUUAUUUAAACAAUUAGAAAAUUUUCAAAGAAAUUUUUGGCUUAAAAAUCAAAAAGAAAAAAAAGGACUAAAUUUUAAUGUGCGCGCGCAACGGCGCCCCCAUAUACAAAGAUUGGGAGUGUUAAAUUGUAAAAAGUGCAAAAAGAAAUAAUAAAAUAACAUAAAAAAUAAACAAAAACAAAUUUUUUUCUAAAAAAGAUAAAAAAAUAAAGAAAUUUUGCAUACGAAAAAAAAUCUUCUACAAAUUAAAUGCAACUCUGAACGCACAUUUUUCUUGUAGAGGUUUUAUUUUUUGUUUUGAUUAAACAAUACGCCGCUAAGUAAUAUCGUGCCGAAAAGAGACAACUAUAUAUAUAUUGGCAUAAGAAUUUGAAUAGCAAAAGCAACUUGUCAAAUAACAAGAAGCAGCACUUAAUUCGCCGUAAAUUAAGAAAAAAAAUUGUAUGAUUAGACAAAGACAAAUAGAGUGUGAUUAAAAGACCAUUCGAAAAAAUAAAACAUGGCUGGAAGAGGUGGUUUUGAACAUCCUAGAAAUUAUGGAGAUCGUGGUGGCAAGCAAUUGCCCUCAGAACCUCCAUACAUUGCCUAUGUUGGCAAUUUACCCCAAGGUCUUGUACAAGGUGAUGUUGUGAAAAUUUUCCAUGAAUUUGAAGUGAAAAACGUACGCUUGGUUAAGGAUCGUGAGACAGAUCAAUUUAAAGGUUUUUGCUAUGUAGAAUUCGAGACACUGGACAAUUUGGAACGGGCAUUGGAAUUUGAUGGACGUAUUAAAUUAGAUGAUAUUUCUGCGCCGUUAAGAAUUGACAUUGCUGAGCGCAAGAAAAAUGAUCGCAGUGGAGGCGGUGGUGGUUUCAAUAAACGUGGUCCUCCCCGACAAGGUGGUGGUCACCAGCAAAACUUCAAUCGCGGUGGUGGAGGUAAUCGUGGUGGUGAUCGUGGUGGCGAUCGCGGUGGUGAUCGUGGCCAUGAUCGUGGUGAACGGGAUAAUAGAGGUUCGUACAAUGAUAAUCAUGGUGGUCACAAUGAUAGAAAUCGUGGAGGCGGCGGCGGUGGUAUGAAUAGAGGAUAUAAUGAUCGUCCCGCGAAUCGUGGUCGUUAUGGCAAUUUCAAUAACGAUGAUCGCUAUAAUGAUCGCAAUCAUCAUGAUCGUAAUCAUCGUGAAGGAAGCUUUGGUGGUCAAAGUCGAGAUGGCGGCAAUAAUGAACGCUAUAAUAGUUUUAGCAGAAAUCGUGGUGGUGAACGUGAACAACGUGGUGGUGGUAGUGGUGCCGGUAGCGGACAUUUCAAUCAUAAUGAUCGACCAUCAUCGGUGUCAACAUUAGGUAGUAUAGAUGACAGUGAAAGACCUCGACUUCAACUAAAACCCCGUACUGUAGAUGCACCCAUCAAUGGGCUGGCGGAGACAAAGCAGGCUGCUGCUAUAUUCGGUGCCGCUAAACCACGCGAAGAAAAAUUCAAAGAUGAACCACAAAACAACAAUCCUGGUUCACCAAAAGAAGACAAUUGAAUGCAUUGAAUGAGUAAAUAAAAAACAACACACAGAAGAAAAAUAAUAAAAAAUAUAAUAUAUAAAAGUUUUUUUUUGGAGAGAGAAAAAAAAGAAAAUACUACCAAGAGGAUUUAUAUGCAAAGAGAUAUAUAUUUAAACACACGACGACGAGACUACUAACCAAUCAACCAAUAACAAGAACCACUUUAUGCUAAAAAUCUAUAAAAAAAAAGAGAUAAAUACCAAAUAAAGCCGUAAACAGAGAGAAAAAAAUACACAAGUUUUUAAAAUAUAGAGAGAAAACAAAAAUAAGCAAUUGAGACGUAAAUAAGCAGAAUUUUGCUAAGAAAACA